AUGCCAGACCAACUCUUCAACCGCAAAACCAAUGAACACAAAGACGAGAUAGCCACUCUGCACGAAAAGCUACAGCGACUGGAAAAAGAGUCACCGGAACAAAAGUUCACCCGGUUAUGCGGCGAGAAGAACACGAAGAUUGAUGGACUGAAAGCCGAGGUCGAGAAGAUCAACAAGGAAGACGAGUCAUUGAAAGUGGAGAACGAUGAGUUGGAGAAGAAGCUGAAGGAGCUCGAGGCGGAGAUCAAGAAGUUACAGCCACCUGCGACGUUCACGGUCAAGGAGAAGAAGACGAAAGGGAAAAAGAAGUAG